AUGGCCGGCCUGGCGCUCGCCUUCCGCCGCCUGGGCGCCCUGUCGGGGGUCGGGGCGAUGGGGCUGGCCACCUACGGGGCGCACGGUUUCGACUUGCGCUCCCCGGACGAAUACCGCAGGGAGCUCUUCGACAAAGCCAACAAGCACCACUUCCUGCACAGCCUGGCACUCCUCUCUGUGCCCCUCUGCCGCAAGCCCCUCUUGUCCGGCUCGCUGCUCGGCUCUGGAAUGAUCCUGUUCUGUACCAGCUUCUACUACCACGCCAUUACCGGGGACCCCUGCCUCGUGAAGGCCGCCCCCGUUGGAGGCUCCCUCCUCAUCCUGGGCUGGCUGUCCAUGGCCCUCUGAGCCCCCCACCACCCCCCAACACUUGGAGGAAGGCGGAGGUCGGAGGAAACCACGCCGGCCCUGUUGACAGACCUUCCCCCAGACUCACAAAUGGCAAGUUUAUUCAGUGCAGGAGGAGGAUUCCGAGUCACCCAGCUCGACUGUUAGCCCCCCUGGGCCACCUCGCUUCCGAAAGACGGCAAGAAUUGGGACCAGUCCCUGCAGACACAGAGAACCGGAAACCUGUCUUGUCCUGUCUGCGUUGUGGGCAGGGCCUGUUACGCUGUUAUCUUGUACUCUCCCAAGCGCUUAAUACAGUGCUUUGCACACUGUAAGCGCUCAAUAAAUCCGAUUGAGUGAAUGAAUGAAUGGUAGACCGGCCGAAGCCAGGCAGAAAAAGCAAAGGGGCA